AUGGCAGGCUCCCACCUGCCCGACUAUCUUCCCAUUGCACCAGACAGACCCCCCAGCUUCUAUAACAGCAUCGAUGGUGGUUUUGGAUCCGUUGACCAGGCCAAAAAAAGCCGGCUCAAGGGAAAUGGCUAUCCUAUCCCGGGAGUCCAGUCCCCCAGUGCAACCUCUGUCAUGACAAAGGACUAUUUCGUCAGUGAUACAGACUGGCAGACUAUGCUUGACCAUGGCAGCUUCGACUACAUCGUCGUCGGCUCUGGUUUUACUGCUCUUGCCUUUAUCGACGAGGCGUUGAAACUGAACCCGGACUGCAAGAUCUUGGUUCUUGAGAGAGGUGGUUUCUGGCUUCCAACCCAUUUCCAGAACCUCCCCCUCCCAUUCAAGAUGGUCCUUGGAGGCCCCUCAGAGACCUUCCCAUGGACCCUCUCCCGUAAGACACACAAAACCCGAGAGCUUCAAUUCUGCCACGGCUCCUGCCCUUUCUUCGGCGGUCGUUCGACAUUCUGGUCUGCCUGGUGUCCGCAACCACCUAUCGAGCUGAUGCGAGGCUACCCCAGGUCCUUGACCGACGCAACCGAGGAAAGAUGCUUCUGGGCGAAGGCCAAGGAGCUGCUCCAUGUCACCCCCGCUAACGAGAUCGGCGAUACCAUCUUCGACGAACUCCAGACGAAGAUCGAUAACACUCUGGAAAAGAACCUUAACAAGAUCUCAACCGCAAAUUAUGUUGAGUCGGCUCCAUUGGCUGUUGGUCAUAGGAGCCCAACGUCGACUUUGCGGUUUGACAAAUUCUCUGUGCCGGGGCCUAUGUUGGCGCUCUCUGAGGAUCAGCGGAUAGCUGCUACACAGCGCAACGGCUCGCCCUUGGAAUUGAUGAAUAAUUGUGUUGUCAAGAAGAUGAGCAUGGAAGAUGAUGGCUAUGUCCGCAUCCUGGAAACUAGCAAGGGUGUGUUGAACUGGGAUGACAAAAACACCAAGGUCAUUCUCUGUGCUGGUUCCAUUCCCAACGCCACUCUUCUUCUCAACUCUUUCGAAGGCUGCGAAGAAACCGUUGGAAAGCGCCUGACAGGCCACUUCCUGACUCACAUUGCUGCCCGGUGCCCUGUUUCGGCCGUGCCAGGCUACACUCCCGGCAAAACACUCGAGAUCGGAGCCACCUAUCUGGCUGGACAGCACACCAACGGAAAGCAGUAUCACAUCCAAAUCACUGCCAUUCAUAGUCCUAACCCAGAGGACGAUGUCGACGAUGCGGCCCGCGAAUGCCCUGACUAUGCUGCUUCUGCCACCUACGACCAGCUGAAGGACUCCAAGGACCAUAUCGUCUUCAUCUGUGCCACCCUAGGUGAAUUCUCGGAAGACAACAAGGACAACUGGAUCAAAAAGAACAAGACCAGAGACAUCACCUCCAAUGUCAACUUGCAAUUCACCGUGUCCCCCGAUGACAAGGCUCUCUGGGACACCAUGGAUACCGCUACAUACCAGGCCAUCCAGGUCAUGUCCAACCAGCCCGUUACUGACAAUGGCCUCGGCCAAGGAAUCGAAUACUGGGACACCAACACCAACAGCUGGAAGGCGCAGAAGCCUGCUGUUGACACUAUCCGAGUCCCCGGUGCUGUCCACGAGAGCAGCACGGCAUUUGUUGGCGAGAAGUCUAAAGGCGGAUCGCUCGAUGAUAUGUACAGACCCCAUGGGGUGAAGAAUGUGCAUGUUACCGGUGGCGCCGUAUUUCCAACUGCAGGAAGCUGGAACCCUACCCUGACCAUGUGUGGUUUUGCACAGGACCUUGCUCGGAAGCUUCACAAGGAGCAGUCAGCUAGAGUUAGAAGACACUAA